AUGGCUGGUAUCAUUGACGAUAAAACUGCUGCGGGUCGGCAGCAACAACAACCCCGCGAUGACGAUAGCUCAAACAACCUGCAAUUACCAGAUAUUCACAUCGCUGAUAGCGAUGCAGCUCCUCCUCCUUAUGGAGAGGACCAUGGUCAGGUCCAUUUCUCGCAACCUGGCUUUGAUGCCGGUGAUGGUCGAGUCAACAUCAACAUCAAUGCCAAGAACAGACGCCUUGCCGACCUUCUCGCACCAACUCUACAAGAUCAACUUGCCCCCGAACCUGCACAACCUGAUCUCCCUCCUGCAUAUAUCCCUCCAAGCCUGGGGGGUAGACCUGGACAAACUCCGCCACCAAAACUCAAUGUCGUCGUACAAAUCGUUGGAUCCCGAGGCGACGUUCAACCUUUUGUCGCCCUAGCAAAGGUUUUGAAAGACACAUAUGGACAUAGAGUACGAAUAGCUACUCAUCCUACCUUCCGUACAUUUGUCGAAGAGAAUGGUCUCGAGUUCUUCAACAUUGGAGGCGACCCUGCCGAGCUGAUGGCCUUUAUGGUCAAGCACCCCGGUCUAAUGCCCGGCUUUGAUGCCAUCACAAGCGGUGAAAUCACUAAGCGUCGAAAGGGUAUCGAAGAGAUACUCAUGGGCUGUUGGCGAUCAUGUAUUGAAGGAGGCGAUGGUCUUGGCCCUGCUCCUAAACCUCAUGCCUCCAACGCGCCCUUGGACGUUUCGUUGGUAUCAAGCAACUCAGGUCAAGAGCCCUUUGUUGCUGAUGCUAUCAUCGCAAACCCUCCUAGUUUCGCCCAUGUUCACAUUGCUGAGAAAUUAGGUAUCCCUGUGCAUAUGAUGUUUACCAUGCCUUGGUCGCCAACGCGAGCUUUCCCCCACCCUCUGGCCAACAUUCAAUCGUCAAAUACCGACGAUGUGAUGACGAAUUACAUGUCUUAUACUCUAGUAGAAAUGAUGACAUGGCAGGGGCUGGGAGAUGUUAUCAACAGGUUUCGUAAAAAAGCGCUCGACCUUCCUCCGCUCUCGUUGAUCUGGGCACCUGGACUUCUUUCAAGACUCAAAAUCUCCUGGACAUACUGCUGGCAACCCAACGAUUGGGGUCGACACAUUGAUAUUUCUGGCUUUUAUUUUCUCAACCUGGCUUCUUCAUUUACUCCCGAUCCCGAGUUGGCAGCUUUCUUGCGUGAUGGUCCUCCUCCGGUCUAUAUCGGAUUCGGUUCCAUUGUGGUUGAUGAUCCCAAUGCUAUGACCGAAAUGAUCUUUGAGGCAGUUAGGCUUUCGGGUGUCAGGGCCCUGGUUUCGAAAGGCUGGGGUGGUCUGGGUGCUGACGACCUCGGCAAGCCGGAUGGAGUAUAUAUGUUGGGCAAUGUUCCUCAUGACUGGUUGUUUGAGCAUGUCUCCUGCGUGGUACAUCACGGUGGUGCUGGCACUACCGCUGCGGGUAUCAAAGCUGGCAAACCUACUCUUGUUGUGCCUUUCUUUGGCGAUCAGCCAUUCUGGGGUGCCAUGAUAGCUAGAGCUAAGGCUGGCCCUGACCCGAUCCCGUAUAAGCAGCUGACUGCAGAGAAGCUGGCCGAAGCCAUCAAGUAUUGCGUCAAGCCCGAGACUCUGGAGCAGGCCAAGGCUAUGGGUCAGAAGAUUAGAGAAGAAAAAGGUACCGACGUUGGAGGGAAGAGCUUCCACGAUCAUCUAGAGGUGGACAAGUUGCGCUGCACUCUGGCACCGAGCAGAGCCGCCGCUUGGCGUGUGAGAAGAACCCAAGUACGACUCAGUGCCUUUGCUGCUGCAGUACUGGUGGAGCAGGGAAUUCUCCAAUGGUCUGACUUGAAGCUGUAUCGAAUGAGGGAGUAUAACACGGAAGAGCAACCGCCUGAUCCGAUUUCUGCUUGCACGUUGUCGCUUGUCACUGAUAUAGGAGGCAUUGGCAUGGCAAUCGCUGAUAUGCCCAGAGAACUCUUCAAGAGCAUGUCUAACCCGAAAAAGAAAGAUCAGACACUAUCAGACACUGCGAAUCCUGGUGCCACUGAGAGUGAUGCCUCACUGACCAAACCUCAAGGCGCCGAUUCGGAUCAGAAAUCAACUUCCGCAGCGAGCAUUGUGGACACCGAAACACUAAACUCUGCAGCCCUCACAACCUCCCACUCCAACACAUCGCAUCCUACUAUAAGUGACACAGCAUCCAGCACUUCUGGUCUAUCAUCCCCCGAUAGGCCAAGCGCCCAAGCAUCAGCCAAUCAGAAAUCUUGGAAGGAGCAGAUGAAGCAAGCGGCUAACGCUGCCAAACAAGAUCGGGGUGCAUCACCUGUCAACUACGUGGACGCAGCUGUUGGUACAGGCAGGGGAGUUGGUCGUGUAGUUACCACGGGUGCCAGAACGCCCAUGAACUUUUGCCUUGGACUAGCCAGAGGUUUCAGAAACAUGCCAAAACUUUACAACGACGAGACUGUUCGUCCUGUUGAUAAAGUAACAGGGGUUGGCUCUGGCAUUAUGGUAGCAGGUAAAGAGUUUGGUUAUGGCCUGUUUGACGGCAUCACUGGUCUUGUUACACAGCCCCUAAAAGGUGCCGAGAAAGAGGGCAUGCAAGGUUUGAUCAAAGGGUUUGGUAAGGGUAUUGGAGGUGUGGUGGCAAAGCCAGCGGCAGGUUUUUGGUCUAUCCCAGCUUACACCAUGCAGGGCGUGGAUGCUGAGAUUACCAGGUAUUUCUCCAAGAGCGUUCUGAACUAUAUCGUUUCCUCACGAGCUGUCCAGGGCCAGCAUGAAAUGCAAGAGGCAACACCUGGCGAAAGAAAUGAUGUUGUUCAACGAUGGAACAACUUCGCAUCUGAUCUUGAUAAAUUUUAUCGAUGGAAGAAGAAGGAGAAGGUCGCAGGAAAGCGUCCAGAGGGGUCUAGACAAGACAGCUCAGAGGCCGCGCUUGAACGUCCUCAAACCGGAUGGUUUCAUACAAGGAACCUAUCUUUUGAAGGACGAAAGAAACUACAUGCUGAUAAGGAAGCAUGGGAGAGAGCUAAUUCAGGCACCCCGAUUCCACAAUCAAAAUCGAGUGGUGCUUCGGCUAUACAGAUGCACUCUUCCGAGGACGAAGAGCUUGAGAGGGCUAUUCGAGCGUCGAUUCAAGAGACUUCACGUGGCAACGCCGAGGAAGAUGCAAAGGUGGAAGCCGCUAUGCGCGAAAGCAUCAACGUUGUCCGCCAGAGAGCCGAAGCAGGUGAAGCUGCACCGCUUCCUCUGAAAGACCCAUCCAUUUUCAAAGAUUCUGAAUACCAGAUCACCGAUGAGGAGUACCAAGCUCUUGUUGAGCAGGCCAUUCAGCAGAGCCUGGGAAACGAUGUAUCUCUGCCUCAGUAUUCUGAAAUGCCAGAGCUCAGUGGGACGGACGCUGCAGCUCAGUCACAUACAUCAUUCGGCAACGAUGACGACAAAGAGCUGCAGCAAGCCAUUGAAGCCUCUAAGAGGCAAUCACCGCCACCACUACCGCCUAGAGAUGUAAACGAUGACGAGUUUGAGCGUGCGAUAGCAGCGUCAAAAGAAGCCAUGGAAAAGGAAAGCAGUCAGCAAACAGAAGAAGAUAUUGUGAUGGAGUACGUCAAAAAACAGAGCCUGGCAGAAGAAGAGUACAGAAAGAAGAUGAGCAAGGGCAAGUCCUCAACAAACACAGAUGACGAUGACGACGAGGAACUAAGAAGAGCAAUGGAGGAGAGUCUGAAGAUGAAUAGAGGUGACGCAUCAGGCCCGUCGGGGAUCUAA